AUUCUCAUCUAACAAGUCAUUUUUCAUGGCUGUACUGUACAUACACGCUUCACCCCCACAGGCCACACUUCAAAACCCACUAUAAAUAAUCUACAGACUUUUGUCUUUCCCUUGUACCAAAGCCCUCUUCCCCCACUACAACACCCACUUUUCCUCGCUUUCUUUGUAUACUAAUUCCUUUACACAGAAGAUAAAUGGCAGGUUAUGAUGGAGUGGUGCUAGUAAUGGCGGUGGCCACCGUGAUGAUGUUGACCAGAGUUUGUGCUGAUCCAGAUUCGCUUCAAGAUAUUUGUGUUGCUGAUCUAUCUUCUGGUGUAAAAGUGAAUGGAUUUGCUUGCAAGUCUAAUGUGACAGCAGAGGACUUCUUUUUUGCUGGCCUAGCCAAGCCUGGCGCCACCAACACCACCACGGGAUCACGUGUAACCGCCGCUAAUGUCGAGAAAAUCCCGGGCCUAAACACUCUAGGAGUGUCCCUUUCACGCAUUGACUAUGCACCAGGCGGCCUUAACCCACCCCACACCCACCCACGCGCCACCGAGAUAGUGUUCGUGCUCAAAGGUGAACUGGAUGUGGGAUUCAUAACCACAGCCAAUGUCCUAAUUUCCAAGUGUAUCAAGAAAGGUCAAAUUUUCACAUUCCCUAAAGGCUUAGUCCAUUUCCAGAAGAAUAAUGGCAAAGUUCCAGCUUCCGUGAUUGCUGCAUUCAAUAGCCAACUGCCCGGAACUCAGUCGAUCGCUGCCACAUUGUUUGCCGCAUCACCACCGGUACCCGACAACGUUUUGACAAAGGCAUUCCAAGUUGGUACCAAGGAAGUUGAGAAAAUAAAGUCCAGGUUUGCACCCAAGACGUACACUCUUGGCACAUAGAAUUCGCGGAAAUUAAUAGGAUUCAUCAGUACAAGAAUUCGAGGAAAUUAAUAGGAUUCAUCAGUACAAUGAAAAUUUUAACUUAUUUUAUUUUUGUAAUCUUUUUUAUUGUUAUCCAAUUUACUCUACCAUAUAUGCCACUGUGAUUUAUUUGGUUUGGAUCUUAAAAUGGUUUUGAAAUACAGAAGAACUUUCUUUAACUGUCAACAAUAAGAUUUGAAUUUUCAGACAAUAA